AUGGAUGUUCAACUGUUGAAUAUUGCCUUAUUAAUAGAUAAAAAUAUGUACAGGGUGUCUCAGAUCAAGUUGCCACCACAUUAUUAUGAUGGUAAUACAAGAGAAUUUAAUAGUCAAUAUGGAAUUGAAGGCUUUACAAGAUUGUUCUUUGAAAAAAUAGUAGCAAAGUUGUUUUUUACUAAGGAUACAGGUUUGUUGAAGUUCCUAAAAGAUUCAUUUCAAAUUUUUGAAUGUUUUACAUGUACGAAUAACCAAGUAUUCAAAAUAGGCAAAAUUUAG